UCAAAAGAGAUAUUAAUUAUCACAAGAAAUAAUGACUUUUUGUUUCCUAUUAUUUUUAUUCAGUAUUUGUCUGAUUUGUUGCAUAAAUCAAAGCAAUGUUUUAGGAUCUGUUUUGCGGUCAGAAAGCAGCGCAACGUUGGAAACAAAUAAAGAUAAUGUCAAAGACAGGGAACUAAUACGCGAUAAAAGACGAGUCAGAGAUUGUCAUUGCGGUAAAAAUGAUGGCAAUUAUGGAUCUCAAGACACUAAUGAACACGAAGAGGUACAGACUCAUCAACACGUGCACACACACGAGCACAUCCAUCAUCACCAUCACUAUGGAGGUCGAAGAAACAGAGGCGGAAGUAGAAGUGGGGGAAAAGGUGGCGAUGAUUACGAUUACGACGAUUAUGAUUACGAAGACAACGGCGGAGAAACAAAAAGUUCAAAGAGAAGGAAAUCAGGAAAACGGAAAUCUGUGAACAAAAGAGGCAGAAAUGGUAGAAGAAGUUCAACAAAAUCGGGAAGAAUUCGCAAUCGAGAGGAAACAGAAGAGACCGAUCAAAGUAGUGGUAGUAGUGGUGGCAGUGAUCACCAAAACGACAACAAUAACAGUAAUAAUAAUAAUCAAAAUAAUGAUAACAAUAGUGAUGUCAGUGAUGGAAAGGGAGGUCGAGGAGGACAUAACAAUAAGGUUACCGUUAAUGUCAAGAUUGAAAACCAUUAA